AUGGACUCAUCGACUGAAAAAAAUUUGUAUACUGGGGUAUCCAUGUUCCAGAAACGUGGUCCUGAUGUCUCUCUCUUCCGCCAAUUUCUCAAUCUUUUGGGAUGCAUUCUUGUGAUUCCACUUUACUUGUUCGUUACACACUUUACACGACAUCCAGCGACGUUGGAUAUAUUGAUCACGAUCUUUUCGGCGGAAUACAAUCGCUUUGCGAACGAGAGUCGACGACGGCGACUGAAAGCCCCGUCGCGAGCUGUCCAAGACCCGGAGAAAGCUAGUUACCGACUCACCGACACCAAAAAAACCACGGAAUGCAUGGCUACCAUUGUCGGAUAUCGUGAAGACCCAGAUCUGUUUACUCGUGCUCUAGACAGUUACAAAACUGCGGCGGAAUGCCGAUUCGUCCUAGUGGGCGUUGAUGGUGACGAUACUCCGGACAUGGAGAUGGUUGACGUUUUCCAAGGAGCUUUUCCAAUGAAAUCAGCCGUGAUUCACAUCGAUGAGCCCCUGGGCGAAGUUGCCAUGAAGACCUUUGAGAAGCUCUGCAAGGUCGACGGUAACGCUCAGGCCCCGCAGGUUUACAUGGAAGCUACCAUUUCCCACUGCUGCCAGAUCGCACGCGGGAUCCUAUCCGAGCAUGACCUUGAUCUUGGUGAGGUCGGUGGUGUCACAAGGCUAUGCCUUUUCCAGCCGCAUCUCCACAAGAAGGGAAUCAUGUUUUCAGCUUUCAUUUUCUCCAUUGUGAUCUCCGAGAUGCUUGGUAUCGAAUAUAUGUGGUCUUCCGAUUCGGACACCAUCAUUUUGCCUGACACAUUGCGAGGCACUAUUGGAACCAUCGCUGGUGACCCUCAUGUCGGCGGUGGAAGCGCGGGAUUGAUCUUGCAUAAUGAAAAUGAGACUAUAACGACCAAACUCGCCGGUAUGGUCUACUGGUCUGAGGUUUAUGUGAGCCGGUCAACCGCACUUGCCUCUGGAAUUAGUGACUGCCAGUCCGGUCCCAGUACAGCAUUCCGAGUAUCCGCGCUCCCGGCCAUCUUGUACCCCUGGUAUACGCAGACUGUGAUGGGACAUCGAAUGAUCGUCAACGAGGAUCGCCAUCUCACCACCAAUCUGAUCCUGCGCGGGUGGACCGUUACAUUUGCGUCGGACACCUUGGCUGCAACUGACACGCCAACAACCUUGAGCCGCUGGCUCAUGCAACAAGUCCGCUGGGGUCGCGCUGGUCAUAUUGAAGCAUUGCAGCAGCCUCGAAUAUAUGUGCUCACCAACCCGCUCUUCUUAUGGGCUGCCUUCAAACGGGAGGCCGGACCUUUGCUUUUAUUUACCUCUGUCCUGUACUACCUGAUCACUGGCCGUUCCUUGACUUAUCUCAACUUGUCCGACCUUGGCCUUCGCGUUGCCUAUUCAAUGGUGUACAACUUCUUCCGCAACCCUGCCACAGUUCGCAGUGGUGGUUGGCUCUGGAUCGUACCGGGCAUCUUAUUCUACUAUAUCCCUCUCCCUAUAAUUCAUCUAUGGAGCUUGAUUACGGUGUUCCAGGAUGGAUGGGGUACAUCCAUGCGCUCAAUCAGCGAAAUGUCCAAGAGAGGGAAGACUUGGAAACGAUGGAAAGAUCUGGGGUUCUUUGUCGUAUGGAUGGGGGUUGUUGGUGGUACUUUGGCCCGAAUGUUUGCGAAUAUGGCUGGGUGGGAUGAGACUAGGAUAUUCCAGGCCAUCGUACUGGGAAUGAUCGUCCCGUCAGCUGUGUCGUUUUAUGGAUUGGUGAUCCGUGAAUGA